UGAGUGCAACAACAUACAGGAACUGCGACGUCAGAGAGAGAGAGAGAGAGAGAGAGAGAGAGAGAGAGAGAGAGAGAGAGAGAGAGAGAGAGAGAGAGGAGGAGGAGGGAGUUUGCAGUCUGUCCAGAGUGCUGCUAUCAGCUGCUGAAGGCUGGACAGACGAGCUGUGCAGGGACACUGAUAGAGGACAGAGAGAGAGAGAGAGAGAGAGAGAGAGAGAGGAGGAGGGAGUUUGCAGUCUGUCCAGAGUGCUGCUAUCAGCUGCUGAAGGCUGGACAGACGAGCUGUGCAGGGACACUGAUAGAGGACAGAGAGAGAGAGAGAGAGAGAGAGAGAGAGAGGGUGACUCUCUCUUGUCGUUGUGGUCGGUGGUGUCGGUGGUUCAGAUGGGCGCGACUCUCCUCAGCUGAUCCACAGAUCCGAUCCAGCAGCACCAGAUGCCUGACAGCCAGCUGAUCACAGUCUGGAUCUCUCACAUCCUGCGAAUGACACUUUGUAACAACUGGCACCAUGCUCCCCCGUAACAUGCGAACAGGUGGUUAUGACCUGCCGGGGGUGGAGUCGAGUGCCGCGCCUCUCAUAGGCUACCGGCCCUUACCGCCCGACAGCGGCACCCCGAUCAACCAAUCACGGAGGGGGAGCUGCAGCAAUGAAUUGGAAACUUCACAGGCAGAGCCCUCACCGAUGAAGACCACCUGGUACUGUCCUCUGGAUCUGUCCACUGUUGUGGAGAAAGAGGAGGACGGAGUGAUCUACACAGUGGUGGUCAAACAGCAGCAUGCAACCCCCAAUAGUCGGACGUCGGCGAGUUCUCGGUGUGUGAAAGCAGGGACGGAAGAGAAGCUGGUGCUCCACCUGCUCCACUCCUUUUCUAUGGGAGACUCCUCCUUCAUCACCAUCUUCCUCUCCACCUAUCGAUCCUUCACCUCCACGGGGAGAGUGCUGGACAUCCUCACUGACAGAUUGGAGAACCCGCCUGGGGACAGCGAGAGGAGCCAGAUAAGACAAUCUUUCAACAAAGCGGUGUGUACGGUGUUCAGCACAUGGCUCUCUGAGUAUCCUGAAGACUUUAAGAGUUUGGGAGAGCCCUGUCGCCUGCUGCGCCUGGUUCCCCUACUCCCCCAGGACUCCUCGUCUGCGGCCGACCUCCGCGCUCGCCUCCUCAGGAUAGCUGAGGAGCUCAGCGAGAAAGCCCUGCUCCCUGGCGCCCAUAAAGAUCAGACCGGUUCCACCAGCCCUCCUCCUGACGCCUCCAGGUUUGAACCCACCAGCAUCCUUGGAUUCCCUGCAGCGCUCAUCGCUGAGCAGCUCACCAAAAUAGAGGCAGAGCUGUUUGUCCGUCUGGUCCCGUACCACUGCCUCGGCUCACUGUGGUCUCAGAGGGACAAGAAAGGGAGGGAAGGCGUCUGUUGGUCCGUCCGGGCCACCGUACGUCAGUUCAACAAGCUGGCCAAUGCAGUUUUCGCUUCCUGCCUUUGGCCCACGAAUCUGCGCAGCCAGCAGAGAGCCCGACUGCUGGAGAAAUGGAUCAGUGUGGCUGAGGAGUGCCGAGCCAGGAAGAACUUCUCCUCUCUGUAUGCCAUCGUAUCUGCCCUGCAGAGUAAUCCCAUCCACCGGCUGAGGAAGACGUGGCAGGACACUGACAGGGAGGCAGUGAGGAGAUAUGAGGAACUGUCUGAAAUUUUCUCAGACAAGGACAACUACUCACAAAGCAGAGAACUCCUGAAGGAGGAGGGCACAUCAAAGUUUGCCAACAUUGACAACAGGCUCAACAACAAACAUGUUAAUAGGUCCACCGCGCAGGGCACUGUGCCCUAUCUUGGCAUCUUCCUCACAGACCUCACCAUGCUGGACACGGCGGUCAAAGACAGGCUGGAGAACGGCUACAUCAACUUUGACAAAAGGAGAAGGGAAUUUGAGGUUUUAGCUCAAAUCCGGCUCCUGCAGUCUUCCUGCAAAAACUGUGUUUUCACCGCUGACGAGGCCUUCAUACUGUGGUAUCGGAGUGUGCCGACACUAACAGAGGAGGAAAGCUACAGACUGUCCAGUGAAAUUGAAGCGCCUGGUGAGCCGAGCCCCCGUGGCCUUACUCCAACAGUCAUCAUCACACAGUGCGCAGACCUGAGCUCCUCUCGGACCAGCCUGACUGGUGACAGUGACAGCCUCUUUGACUUCCCCUCCCCCGUCAAUAAUCUGCUCUCAAAACUCACAAAGCAUAUGAGAUCUCCGUCUGUGUCCUGUCUGGAUGUUGACACGUCUCCUUCGACCAAUGACUCCACCCCUGCCACGUUGACUCCAUCUACUCCCACAAAAUCACACCGCCGAUCUGUCUCCUGCGGCAACAACCCCACCAAUAACAUCCAAGGGUCGGGACCCGAAAUGCGAAUCAUCAGGAUACGGAUGGACCUGCAGGAUGGAAACCUGUACCGGAGCAUACUGGUUACAAGCAAUGACAAGACCCCCACUGUGAUCAGCUCUGCCUUAGAAAAGCACAAUCAGGACCCCAAACAGACGUCCAGAUAUGAGCUGAUCCAACUUCAGCCUGAAGGAAAAGAACUGGUCAUCCCUGCUACAGGAAACGUCUUCUACGCCAUGACGUCAUCCAGUUGUGACUUCCUGCUGAGGAGGAAAGGCGGGAACCCUCCUCUGGGCUCACAGCCGAUCAACACGGAGACGAGCGCCACGUUUCCUCGAAUCAAGGCCAAGGGGAGGAGACUGGUCAGGACACUAUUUUGACAUCAGAUUUUCCUCAACCCAACUCUGUUCACAGUGAUGGAUUUUUCUCUCCUCACAAACAGUGAAUGUGGCCUUCUACACAUGCCUUUCACCCCGUGCUCCUGCAAAGCUUGUUCUACCAAAACACCAGGACCAGGACCGAGUCUUAACCAACGACUCCAGAGUAGGUUCUGUCAAACGUUUCAUACCUCCGGCUGCGUUCACCAGAGCCGUCUGCUGUUGAAGAAAAGUGUCACUUUUCCUCUUUUCCAAACAGUAUGCAUUACUACUUUACACCAAAAGGAAGAGCAAUGAAAGCCUUUACCUGAGUGCUUUUGGUGCUGGCUCUCGAGUCCCAGUCAGGUAGCACUUGAUGCAUUUUCUUUCCUUCCCACUCAAUGAAUAAGAUCUGUUUUAAUUGCUUACAGCCACCAGGAAAUCCCUUAUUGUUGUGUGCCUCAGCCUUGAGUGACGUCUCUAAAUGUAAAAAGAGGAUUUAAUUGGUCACAACUCCUGUGAUCACCUGAGAUGCUGUUGAAGGAUUUAGGACAGUGUUUUUUUGGGGGGGAGGAAGAAGCAUAAUGAAAUCUAAUAAAUAUACAGAGCCUGUCAAAUCUGGUUCUGGUAAACAGCACACAUGAGGAAGGCCCACACAUACAGUGUACCGCUGUAGCAAAACACUGGAGCUUGUCAAUUGAGACAUAUAUAUAUAUAUGUUUUGUAUAUAUUUAUAUAUUUUGUACGUCUGUAUGAUGUCAAUAUUGUGUUUACACUGGCGAGGAGCUCUGGAUCCACGUGUCCAAAUUGUGUAAUUCAUCGAGGAAAAAAAUGCAUCAAAUACCUGCUAGAGUUCCACUUUAAAGACGCCAGCAUGCGUCUAAAGACAGAGUCAUUAUUUCAGCUUUGACUCAUGCAGAUAUUCAUUUCAACAUAAACUUAAAGCUGCAAUAAUCAACCUUUUUAUAUUAACAAUUAAUUAAAUUACUAUUCAUAGUAAAGGGGCUGCUUGUAUUGACUAACC